AUGGAAGAAUAUAUUAAUACUCUCAAGAAAACUGCCAAUUAAGAAAGAUCUUCGAAACGACAUAUAUAAUAAGUUGCUUAAUUAGAAAUUAAAAGAAUGUUUAAAUUUGAUCCAGAUACUUAACUGUAAAAGUAAAUGAAAUAGUUUGAUGUAAUUUUUUGUUUAAUUAUUAAGAUUCUUCUUCAAAAUAGAUAAUGGAAUGGAAAUUUACGAUUUUGUAAUUUUUAAGGCAAUUUUAAAAUUGAAUAUUGGAUAUAUAUAGAAAAAUAAUUAAGAUUUUGUGAUUAGUUGAAAAAAAUGAAAUUUACUAAAUCAAAAUUAGGUCUAGAUCAUCUUUAAUUAUUAUUGAAAUUGCUUAUAUGGCUUUAACCAUAAGGAAUAGAAAUUGAAUUUAAUCAUAAUGAACUUGAUGAUCAUAGUCUCAAUGAUUUUACUCUUGAAUUAAUUAAAAGCAAAUUAAACUUAAAAUAUGUAAGAUCUCUCAGUAUACUUAGUUACUUAUAUCUAAUAAUCCUGGUAUAUUUAGAGGAAAAUACUUGUAAAAUUUAUCCAAUUUCUUAGAAAAAUAAUUUACAUUAAAUUUAAGCAUCAAUCACUAAUAUAAAUCAAUUAUCUUAUAUAAUAAAAGAUUAUUUGAUGAAAAAAGUUACUCAUACAUAUAAAAGAAAUUGAAAAGAAUGAAAUAUCAUUCAUUUAAUUUAAGUAAUUGCUUUACUGAAUAAAAUUAUUAAGGAUUUGAAUAUUUAAUAUAAACAUGUUAUAGUGAAUCAGCUUUAGAAACUAUUUCUGAACUUAAUAUUUCAAAUAAUUAUCUUGGUCCAAAUACACUAAUUGAAUCAUUAUUUGUUAAUUUAGCAAAAGCAAAGGGACUUUUAAAAUUAGGUUUAAAUAAUUUAAAUUAAUUAACUCAAUCUACUUGCAAAGCAUUAAUUGGUAAUCGUUAUUCUUAUCUAAGACUAUUGGAACUUGAUUUAUCAAAUAAUUCAUCCAUUGAUGAAUCUGCAUUAUAAAUACUCUUAGAUGAAAUUAUCUCUAAAUCUUGUAAGUAUUUUGCAUUUGAAAAUACAUUUUAAAAUAGUGAAUCACUUUUAGCUAAAUUGUACCAUUUUGCCUAAUCUUUUAGAAAUAGAAUAAAAUAAGGAGAAAGAUUGAAUUUGGAAUCAAUAGAUUUAAGCACAAUUGAGAAUAUUUAAUAGUAUGAUUUACUAGAAGAUUUAUUAAAAUUUGUUGUUUUUAAUUCCUUUAGUAAUAUUAAAAGUUUAGUAAUCAAUCCAUUAACUGAUGGGAUAUGUUAAAGUUAUAUUAAUGCAAUUUAAAACUUUAAAAAGUAAUACAGAACAACAAAAUAAUUAAAUUUACAAUAAAUAACUAUAAAAAAAUAAAAUCAAUAAUUAGGAGAGGAUAUUCUAAAAUAAUUAAUGAAUGAAUUGUUUUUUCCUUAAGAAAAUGAAGCUAUAUCAAUAUAAACAGUAUAUUUUAGUUCUCGUAGUUUUGAAUUAGACUCAAAUUGCUUUAUAUUUUAAUAAUAUUUAAAUUCAUUAGAUACAUAUAGAACAUUUAGUUUAAAGAAUCUUUUAAUUAAAAAUACUUUUGUAACUGAUAAAUUAACAGAAAAAAUACUUUAAGUGUUUUUGGCAUAACGAACAUUUGAUUUGGAAACAUUGUAAUUUAAAGAAGACAAUUUUAAUGAUACAAUAUACUUUGAUUAAAUUUUGUUGUAGAGUAAAUUCUUAGAAAAAUAACCUGAUAUAAAAUAUUUUGCUUUAAGAAAAUUAGAUCUUUAAAUUGUUGGAUUAUAAAUGAAUAUAUCAUUGUUUCUAAAAUGCUUUAUUACUAAUAAUUAAGUGAAAUUAAAUUAUAUUAGUCUUGCUAAUUUAAGUUUAACUUAUGAUUAAUUAUCUCAUGAACAUUAUGUAUCACCUGUCAAAGAUGAUAAUCUAGAUUUAUAAACUAUAAAAUUUAAAGAUAAUACAGAUAUGAAUAAAAAAGCAUUUAAGAUAUUUUCUGAUUAUUGUAUUUUCAAUUAGUUUCUAGAUUUGUAAUAUCUACAAAUAAGUGAUUUUGAAUAUGAUUUAGAUUUAUCUUUUUAAUUUGAUUCACUAAAAAAAUUAAGUCUUUAUCAUAAAUUUAAAAAAUUUGAUUUACCAUUAAAAAUUAUUUUAGCAUCUCCAAAACUAGAAGAGUUAAAUUUCAAAAAAGUUGAUAUCAAUGAAGAUUUAGCAAAAUCACUCAGUAAAUAUUUUUUAUUACGUCAAUAAAAGGAUGAGAAAGGAAAAUAAUUAUUUUAUUUCAUUUCUAAAUUAUCAUUUUUUGAAUGUAAUUUUUCAAGUGAAAUAUUAUAAUUCUUUUUUCUUGAUCCUUAUUGUGAUUUAGAACAAUUAUAAAUAAUAUAAUGUAAAGGUUUUGAGAAAACUUUAGACAAAUUAGUUACAGGACUAAAAGAUUCUUAAUAAUUAAUUAAAUCUUAAUUAUCAAUUCUAAUAAUGAAAAAAUUAAAAUUACAAAAAAAUAUUAAAUCUUUUUUAAAAUUUUUAGAAUAUGUUUGUUUUAAUUCAGAACUAAUAGAAGAAAAGGAUUUAAGAUGUCAAUUAGAAUAAUUAGUGUUAUAAAAUUGUUCUUUAAAUGAUGAAUUCUUUUAAGGUUUAAUUGAUUUAAUUUCAAAUUGUAUUGAAUAAGAACAAAUAUCAAAAAAGUUCUUGUAAACUAUUGACUUUUCUGAUAAUAAUUAAAUAAAAAGUACUUUAUGGAGAAAAGUAAUAUAUUAUUUAUAUUUAGUUUUAUUAACUUCUAAUGUCUAAAGAAUUGAAACGAUAAAAAAAAACUAAAAUUUUGGUCUAACAUACUGAUUUUUAAUAAUAAGAAUAGAAAUUACAUAAUUUUAUAGAAUAAAAUCAUCUAAAUUUAUAAGAUAAAAUUUAAAUAGCUCCUGAUAAAUUUAUAUAAUCACCUCCUUCAAGAAUUUAAGAUAUGGCAAUAAAAUUUUUUACUGAAUUUGAAAAUGAAAAAGAAAAGAUUAAUUAUUAUUAUAGAAUGUUAGCUGGUUUAAUUUAUUAUCCAAAAAGUAGAAUUAGUAAUUUAAAAAUAAGUGAUGUAGAUCUAGAUUUAUUUAUAAAUACUUCUGAAAAACUUCUUAUAUAUUCAGAUUUAUCAAAACAAGAUAAAUAAAAAAAAUAAACUUUUACAAAUAUUAAAAAAAUAACAAUUUCUUCUAUAAAAUUUAAUGAUUCAUUAAAUACAUAAUCCUUUUAUUAAUUAUUUAUUAAUAAUUUAGUAUCUUUAAAAAUUGCUGAUGCACAAAGUGGAUUUAUGGAGGGAUUACUUAACUUUUUAGAUAAAUUUGAAGGUAAAUUAAAAAUAACUAAAUUACAUUUAAUAAGAGUAAAUGAAUAUCUUAAUUAAAAUUAAUCAAAUUAAUUUCUAAAUUAUAUAAUAUUUGGACAAAAAUUACCAAUAAAAUAAUUAAAGAUUUCAGAAUCUAUUUAAUUUAAAGAUGAUGAAAAAUUCGUUAAAUAAAAUCUAAGUAAUAUAAUCCCAUAAAUUUAAAAAUUAAUUUUCAAAAUAGAAAAUAAAGAUUCAUUCUAAUUCCUUCAAUCAUUUUCUAAAUAUCUUUUGGAGAGUUAAAAUUUAUAACAUUUUGAAAUAGAAUGUACUUAGAGUGGAAGUUUAUUAUUUGAAAAUAUUGAUUUAAUGAAUAGUAUUCCUAAGUUAAAUGUUCUUAAACUUAAAACAGUUGUAGAUUUAACUCCUAAAUUAUUAGAAUUUAUAUCUUAAACAGCUACAACAUUAUAAGAAGUUAAAUUUUAAAGUGUAAGAAUCUAAAAUAUAAAAGAAACAGUUACAUGGUUUAAUAAUGCAGAAACUAUUGUAUUAAAUUGUAAAUUAAUAACCAAAAUAGAUGAAAUAGUAGAAGAAGAAUAAGAUAUCAUUAUAUAAUAUUUUUUGAGUAAUAAGAUAUUUUAAUGGCAAUAACUUAAAUAUAAAUCAUCUAAAGGAUUAUAAAAGUUCAACAAUAAACUUCUAAGUGAUAAUUUUAAAAAUUUAAUUAAACUUGAAAUUAAUGCACAAUUUGAAAUAAGUUCUAAUAAAAAAAUAUCAAAUGAUUUCUUGUUCUAUUUAUCAAAGUAUAUUAUUUAUAAUGAAGAAUCUAAAUUAAAAGAACUUAUAUUAAUAUAAUGCAAUAUUACAGUAACAUAAAUUUUUAAAUUAAUAAAAUAAGCUGAAGAAUUUAGUGAAAAUGUUUAAAAGCCUCUAUCUUUAAGGCGUUUUACUUUAAGUAAAUCUCAAAAUAUUGAUGAAGAAGCAUUCUAAGAAUUAUGUCGCUAUUUAAUAUUCUUCCAAUAUAUCAAAUUAGAUAGACUUGAAUUAGUGUAACUUAAUUUAUCAAACAAAAUGAUUUAAAAAUUGAUUGAAAAUAGCUUAGAAUGGUUAUAGUUUUAAACUUAGAAAGUAUUUGAUUUUAAAUGUUUGAAUUUUUCAUAUAAUGAUACCUUUGGAUCAGUAGAAACUUGGGAGUCUUUAUGUAAGACAUUUUUAUUUAGUGAAUAUACACCUAUGUUAACCCAUCUGUUUUUAAAUGGAAUGGAUAUAAAGAAUCAUAUUGCAAAGUUGAUUGCUAAUUGUGCAUUUUAAUUUUUCAAAAAAUAAGGUUAAAAUUAUUAACAUCCUUUAAAAGAAAUAAAUUUCUCAUAAAAUAGAUCUUUAAAUUAAAUAGGAUGGUAUUUUCUAAGCAAAUAUUUCUUUUUUCAUAAUUGUGUAGAUUUAAAAGAUAUUGAUGUAACAGAUUGUGAAUUAAAUGAAGAAAAUAAAAUUAAUAAAUUUAUGGCACCUAUCUAUGAAAGAGUUAAACUAUUUGGAAAUCUGAGAAUAAUUAAAUUUAGAAGUGAUAACAUUAGUUUAAAAAAUUCAAUGUAUAAUGUAAAUACAAUUCCAGGAAAAGAUAAAUUUAAAAUUAUAUCUGAUUUACCUUUUAAAAGAACCAAAUAUGUUGGUUGGGGAAAAGUUGAAGGUAAGAUAUAAUCAUUUGGUAUUUUGUAAAAAAAUAUAGAGAAAACUUUGAAGUUGCAAAGAAGAAUAAAUUUAUGUGAUUGUUGGUAGAAUCUUAAUGAAGUAAAAUUUAGUGCUUAUCAUCUUAAUUUUAUUAAUCACUUUUUAUAAAUAUUACCAUAAUUGACUCUAGAAAAGGAAUAUUCAUUUUCUUAUUAUUGUUUGGAUUAAUUAUUUAAUUUGUUUUAGUAUCCUGAUAAUGGUAGUGGUAAUCCUUAUCCUCUUUCAGGAUUAUUUAAUCCAAAAUGUUAAGAAUUCUUUAGUACUUCACAGAUAUCUAAAAUAACACUUGUAGAAACCUUUUUUCCAACACUUGAGAAACCUAAGUAAUAGGAUAUUUGGAAAUUUUAUAUAGAUGUGAUUUCAAAGAAAAACAAUUUAGAUUUAGUUGAAAUUGAAUAUACUUUAGAUGAUGAUUUAAUUGAAUAUUUAUUAGAGAAUGAUUAUACUGAAAGAGAUAUAGUUAAAUUGAUUAGAGUUGUACCACCAUCUCAUAUCAUUAUUUAAAAUAGUUUAACCUUAUAAGCAAUUAAAGGAAUAUAUUCAAUUUUAUAUGAAAGUAACUAUUUUUAAUAUUCUCAUAUAUCAUAUGAUCAUAGAAGAGUUUUAAAUAAUGGAAUUGGUUAUUCAAUAAGAGCAUUAGUUUAUGGAAUCAAUUUUUAAUAUAAAGUCCUCAUUUUCUUUAAGAAAAUUCUAUAUUUCUUGUUAUCAAUAUUUGUUUCAGAUGCAAAUAAAUAUUCUUAUUCUUUAGAAAUUAAAUAAUUAAAUUAGAGACUACAAAGUUCAUUAUUGUAUUUUGACUUUUUGGUUGUAUUGACUUUAAUCUAUUUAUUUAUGUGUAUUGGAUCUCCAAUAUUACUUACUAUCAAAGAUUUAGAUAGUUAAGAAGAUUUGUGCAAGAAAGGAGUUAAUUAAAUUGCAACCUAUUCAUAUUAUGGAUUUGCUGUUGUUACACUUAUUUUUGAAUCUCUAUUAUACAAAUAAAUAGUUGCAUUAAUUCCUUCUCAUGUUUCUAAAUUAAUUGAUAUUGAUAAUUAUAAUUAAGAUAAUUAGGAUGUAUAGAGACAAUCCAUUUUUGGAUUCAUUUAGCAAAAUAGAGUGACUCCAUUAGAUGAAUAACAUCAUUUAAAAGAGAAUAGUGAAAAUAGCAAAGAUUAUAUCACAAGAUUUAAUAGCAAUAUAAAGGAGUUUAUGAAUUCUUCUUAUGCUUAGAAUAUUCAAUUUUUAAUUACUCUUACUCUAUCUCAAUUAUCAAAAUAUGAUCUAUAUAAUGAUGUUGUAUUUAUCAUAAACUGCUUUAAUUGUAAAUAAGAUACAUUAUAUUAUGCUGCAUUAAUUAUUACAAUAUUUAAUUUAGCAAUAUAUUUGAUAUAUUUUAUUGAAAUACUUAUUCGAAGAAUCUAAAGAAUUAAAUUACAAACUAAAUAUUUAUCAACAUAAACCAUAAAUGACUUUUUUGAUCUUUGUACUGUUGGAAGAAAUGCUGCUUUAGCUUAAAUCUUAGAUACAGUAGCACCAUAUAAUGUAAGUGUAUUUCCUAAUAAAUGGUUUAUUAGAAAAUUGAUACCUAAUGUUGCUGGUAAAAGUUUGAAUAAAUCAAUAAAAGUAAUAAUUGUUAUUUUAUAUUAUUAAAUAGAAUUAUCUCAUAAAAUUUAUAUUUGAAGAUGUCCCUUAAUUGACUUUGUAAUUAACAUUCCUGUAUAAAAUGACAAUCUCAAAAUAGAUAACUUUGGGUUGGUCUAUUUACAUUACUUUAGGUACUUCUAUAGUCACUAUAAUCAUAUCCUUUUUUAAGUAUAAUCUCAACCAUUAAUUUUAGAUUUAUGUAGUUAAGACCUUCAACAAUAUCUUAGACAGACUUUGAUAAAUUAGAAAGAACAAAUACUUAGAUAUAUGAUUAUAAAAUCAACCAUUUGUAAAAUGAAAUGAAAAUGCUUAUAAAAUAUGAAGCCUUUUCUGCUUAAGAAAGAAAUAUUGAGCAAAGCUUAAUUAUAAAGAAAAAUGAUUCAGAUAGUAUGGUAUGA